UGUUGGUUUGGAGGGAAAAGCCUCUCUGUUGGUGUGAAGUUGAACAGAUAGAACUAAGUGAACACUACAAUUUUACAAAAACAAAGUUGUAAUUUUGUAACGUGCUGUAAAAGUAGGCUAUCUUAACAUCACGCUGUAAGCUUGUUUGCCCUCAGCCCUGUUUAAAAGGCAACUACGGAGACCAUAAAGAUGUGCCAUGGCCCAAACGCUCCUGAAUCACGAGACGAGGAGAUCUCAAGGACGGCAUGGACUUCAAUUUAAUCGAAGAGGCUGAGAGUGGAGUGGAAAGAGUGACACACCGAGGAGAGAAGUUCAUUAUUCUGCUGAAAAGGAAACCAAUGGCUUUCACUGUCACCAUGGCAACCGGCCUUUCUUUUGCCGUCAGACCUAUGAUAAGCGCUGGGAGCUGCUGCUUCUCCCGUCAGAAUGGUCGUGUAAGAGGCCCAGGCUCCGGGCUGUGGAUGUCUCUGCUAUCUUCCAGUGCACGGUGCCACUCCUGGGCCUGCUGACAGCCAGCUGUUGAAGGUGUGUCUCACAGAGGGGGAUCUGGAAGCAGCAGCAGCAGCAGGACCAGUCAGUUGGUUUGAGUGACAGUCCUUUCACUUAAUGAUUCAACUUGGACGCCUUCACUGCCUCAGAAGGAGCCACAGCAAGGGCUGAUCAUCAGGGUUGCAUCCAAACAUGUGCUGUCCUCCUCCUCCUCGCACCAAAACACCGCGCUGUGCGCUCCGGUUGGCUGCACGGUGGAUCUGUGGAGCUGCGCGCUGAUUGGUCGUUCGCUUCUCAUUGUUAUGCUGUCAAUCCACAUCACAUGGUCCGGCCACCAGGCCUAUUAACAGAUGAGCUGGAGAACAAGUUUCAGACUUCUGUUUUGGAGCCGUGAGAGACAGAGCUGCUCUGAGCAAAAGGGAAACCAGAAGCACCUGCACACUCUGUUGCCUCUUUGGGCACAACUUUUUUCAUCGUCUUAUGAGACUGGUCAGUAUCUCUACCUCUUUGACUUCUGGCGUUGCUUGGUGAACUUUUUUUAUUCUAUGUGCCUGUGAAUGAACAACUUCAGAAUGUAUAACAUGAUGGAAACCGAGAUCAAGACCCCGCUACCGCAGUCCAACUCGGGAUCGGCGCCGGGCUCAAAGAACAACAGUGUCAGCGACCAGGAGCGCGUGAAGCGGCCGAUGAACGCCUUCAUGGUGUGGUCCAGGGGACAGCGGAGGAAGAUGGCACAAGAAAACCCCAAAAUGCACAACUCUGAGAUCAGCAAGCGGCUCGGUGCGGACUGGAAACUUCUGACCGACGCUGAGAAGAGACCGUUCAUCGAUGAGGCCAAGCGUCUGCGCGCCAUGCACAUGAAGGAGCACCCGGAUUAUAAAUACCGUCCCCGCAGGAAGACCAAGACCUUACUCAAGAAAGACAAGUACUCUUUGCCAGGGGGUCUGCUUGCACCUGGAGCCAACGUCGUCAACAACUCUGUGUCUGUGGGCCAGAGGAUGGACGGUUACGCGCACAUGAACGGCUGGACGAACAGCGCGUAUUCCCUCAUGCAGGACCAGUUGGCUUACCCGCAGCAUCACAGCAUGAACAGCCCACAGAUCCAGCAGAUGCACCGGUACGAGAUGGCGGGGCUCCAGUACCCCAUGAUGUCCUCAGCGCAGACCUACAUGAAUGCGGCCUCUACGUACAGCAUGUCUCCAGCGUACACGCAGCAGUCCCCUAGCGCCAUGGGACUCAGCUCCAUGGCGUCCGUGUGCAAGACCGAGCCCAGCUCUCCGCCCCCGGCCAUCACGUCCCACUCUCAGCGAGCGUGUUUGGGGGACCUGAGGGAUAUGAUAAGCAUGUACCUGCCUCCCGGCGGGGACAGCGCGGAGCACUCCUCCCUGCAGAGCAGCCGGUUACACAGCGUCCAUCCACACUACCAGAGCGCAGGGACGGGCGUCAACGGCACGCUACCUCUCACACACAUCUGAGAGAGGGACAGAAAAAAAGACUUCUAAAAACUUAAAGAAAAGUACUUCGGAUACUUGAACUUUCUUGGUUGCUAGAAACAACGUUCAACAGUUUUGUUUUGUUCAGAAACAGUUUAAUCUUGAGUUGUCCAUUUUUGAAAAAUAAUUAGAAAUGGACCAGAGUGAUCGUUGAGCCCAUCAGAGUAAAGAGGCUUUUUAUCACAAGUAUAAAGCAAUCAGACGUAUGUAGAAGAAUUGGACUUCUAUAUUUUAAUGAAUGCCAUAUUUUCUCUCCAUGAAAAGGCAUGUGGCCUCGUUCAGAGAGGCUGGUGUAUUUCAGAAAAGCUGGAUGGAAAAAAAAAGUUGCUUCAUAAAUGUUUACACUUAAUUUGUAGAAUGUCAGUUGUCUCGACUGUGUCCAAAUUUUUUGUAGUCUUGUUUUUCUCCUACAAUGAAAUGUUAAGACUGUGCGGGUCGCAAACGCAAGUUUUAUUUAUAGUAAGAUUUUUUUUCUUUUUAGCUUGUGAGCCCGUUUGUUUUGUCACGUGAAAAAUGUUCCAAUUUUUGUUUGUUUUUUGUAAAAUGUUAUUUUCUGUGAUGGUUCUGACAGUGUCAUGUUUACUCAUUCUCCUGAACGAAAAAGGUUUAUUUAAACUGACGUUUCUACAUAUUUUAAGACCAUCCUCUAUUCUUAAAUGCUGAAUAAAUUUGUACGA